ACUUUUUUCAAUAACGAGUAAUCUAACCCAUUACUAUUUCCAAACCAGUAAUCAGAUUAAAGUUACUUAACCAAGUCACUGUGCGUUACUAUUUUUGUCAUUUUUACUUAAUAAAAAUAUAUAUAUAUUUAUUCUUGCAUCUCGGGGAGUGAAGUCACGUACGCGACAAGUCACGUUUUCAGCAUGCACGAAGCGACACAAACGUAAACAUUCGAGGGAGACGAGAGAUGUGCGUUUUCUAGAUGGAAAAGUCACUAUUUUGAGUUUGUGUCAGCUAAAGAUGACAACAUUAAGGUCCGUUGUACACUGUGCUGGCGGCGACAAAGUGUUAUCUAGCUACAAAAACACUACGUCGAAUUUGAAAAAAAAAAAACAUUCAAGCUGCACUGCACGGUCACAGCAGGUGAUGAGAAGCAGAGAGCAGGAGAUCCCCGACCACCCAAACAACAAAAGCUGGACUUCGGUGCAAAAUCAGAUGGAAAUCAUGCGGAGUAUUCUUCUGAUUAUGGCAAUGAUUGGCCAAGGUCAGUCAUGGGACAGCCUCGGAGACAGCUUCAUCACAAUAUUCCCAGAGAACAUAGCCUUUUACCAUCCACUUAGUCCAGUGAAUGCUCUCAACAUCACUGCUGUCCUUCCCAACACUGUGGUGAAAGUCUUCAUCUCAGAGCAGUUGACAUACAAAAUCAAACCGCCAGAAGGAAAGCCCGUAACUGUGACCUUGCCAGUGGAUAUUGAGGAAUACCAAUUUGGUGCAACUUCUCAAACUGUCAGAAUCAGCAGCACGAAGAAAAUUGUGGUGCAAUCAAUCAGCAAGAAAGAAGACAGUGUGCAAACUAAUGUCAUUCAGCCUCUCAAAAAUCUUGGUACAGUUUAUACCAUCCCCUUGCUGAAUUACAGCCAGAUGAUCAAUACUUUUUAUCAAUCAGCAAGAGAUGUCAGCAAGAGAUACAGCUCCUUCAGGCUGGUUAUUGUCAACGGAGAAGGUUUGAUUAAUAAUGUCAUAAUUGUAAAAAGGUCUAUAGAAAAUAAUUACAUACUCGAUCCGUUCACCGCUCUCCAACUUCAAGUUGACGGGACAGAAACUGAGAUUUAUUCUGAUUAUGGAGUGGCAGUGAUGCUGACCCAUCCAUGUGUAGAGACGGAGGAAUGCAAAUGCAACAUGGUGCUGAACCAACUUCAUCCUGAUGCUCAGUGGGAUAGCAAAUUUGUUGUACCCUCAAUACUCAACACCGGCAACGUUUGGCUACAUGUGACGUCCUCAGUGGAAAUCAGUGCCAGUGGCGGGGAUCUAGAAUCAAAUACUGUGGAUGCCUAUUCAUCAAAACUCCUUUCCCUUCCAUCUCUGCAGUUAGGAUCCCAGUUCAUCCACACAUCGAAUCCUGCUUCCCUCAUGCUUGUCAGUCCAGGCAUCAUCAUUGAACCAAUCUCACAAUCUAAGUUCUCAGCGUGCUACCUAGUGCCUGUCAGCUCGACAGAUGCCAAGGCCUUAAUCAUAGCAGAAACAAACUACAGGGAUAGUGUGUAUAUAGAUAAUGAUUUGCUUUUAUCUACUGAAUGGAGCACCGUCGCCAAUUCAGUGUACUCAUCGGUGUUAGUGUCUCUUGAUAACAUACACAUCAUUUGGCAUCGAUCCACAAAGAUCGGCGUGUACGUGUUUGAGAAGAGCACACAUGUGUAUGGAGGCCCGGCUAUAUCUUUAAGCGCAAAGCCAGACCCUUUAGGCUGUGGAUUUGUUACUGCAAAGUUUGACAUCAUCGUCACACCUCAGACCUGGCCUGAAUCCCAUCAGUACUGUAUGCUCAUAAGUGACGAGUUAUUCAGUCCCAGCAAUGAAGCGGACCAAGCGGAGAUGGCUCACAUUCUGAAUAAUAAAGGUAUGAAUGAGAGGCUCUGGAUCGGUGUGCGUCGCAGUCUGAUGACAUUAGAUUGGUACCAGCAGAAAGGUGAAAGCUCAAACAGCUUGCCAUACACUCAAUGGGGAACCAGAGAGCCAGGUGAUGCUGUGAUGGGCAUGUGUGCUUCAGUAUUCCCAAACCCAAGCAUGGAUUUCCUUUGGGAAACUACGCCCUGCUGUACUAAGUUGAAGUCUAUCUGCUACACAAGAGCUAAGUACUUUACCAUCUCAAAUGAUUCUAAUGGUUCAAAAGAAUCAAAAGAUGCAUAAUAAAAACUGGCCAGGGAAAACAAGUUGCCAGAAGGUAAAAAAAAAAACUGGAAUAUUUUUUUUUUUUUUUUUACAAUUUAUAGCUGUAUACAUUAAAUUAUAUAUUGUUAAUAUACAAACCUCAUUAACCCUCAUGUUGUGUUUCAGUCAUUUUGACCCAGAGUGGAUUUUCUUUUUCCUAAAAAUGCUUUUUUAUGUUAUUGGACUAAAACCUACAGAUUUUAUUCACACAGGGUAUAAUAACAAAUUCUUCUUAAAAAAAAAAACAACACAAAAAAACAAGGCAAUGAGCAGAUUGACCUUAUGCUUAUAAAUGUCUUGUUAUGCUAUAUUGUUGUUGUCUUGUUAUGCUAUAUUUUACAUUUCUUUUUGGAACUGAUCGAUCCUAGGCCUCAUUGAUCUGCGCGUACAAACCUCAUUUUUGAAAUUAAUAUUGCCUACAUAGGAUUGUGUCUGAAGUUUUUUUUUCCCAAAUAAACAAACUUUCAGACUGCAAA